UGUUACUUUAUACACAGGUUGCUACUAACCAAGAAAAACAACCAAACGAAGCAAAUUGAUCAAGAGGUUCGAGUGCUUCUGAGAAGCAUAAUAGAGAAGAGAUUGAAGGCCAUUGACAAGGGAGAAGCUACCAAUAAUAACCUACUGGGCUUACUACUGGAAUCAAACAAAAGGUAUUCCCAAGAAGGAGGCUCCAAGAUCCCUGGGAUGACAACCGAAGAUGUGAUCGAGGAAUGCAGAUUGUUCUACUUUGGCGGGCAUGAGACAUCUGCUGUUCUACUCACAUGGACUAUGGUUGUUCUAAGCAUGAAUUCUACCUGGCAAGCACGUGCGAGAGAAGAGGUUCUCCAAGUCUUCGGCGAAAAUAAUCCUGACUUCGAUGGGCUAAACCGAUUAAAGAUUGUGAAUAUGAUCCUGCAUGAGGUUCUUAGAUUAUAUCCACCAGGGACUAUGAUCAUAAGAAAAACUUACCAGGAAGUGGAGCUAGGGGGGAUCAUAUUCCCACCGGGAGUGCAACUUUUGCUGCCUGUAUCAUUAAUUGUGCACCAUGAUCCUAAACUUUGGGGUGAAGAUGCUGCAGAAUUUAAUCCAGAGAGGUUUGCGGGAGGUGUCUCGAAGGCAUCAAGGAAUCAAGGCGCCUUCUUUCCAUUUGGUUGGGGUCCCCAGAUCGGCAUCGGCCAAAGCUUUGCGAUGAUCGAAGCAAAGAUGGCACUGGCCAGAAUUCUUCAGCAUUUCUCAUUUGAGCUUUCACCAACCCAUGCCCAUGCUCCUCACGUUGUUGUAACCCUGCACCCACAACAUGGAGCGCAAAUCAUUUUACACAGGCUCUAGCAUUACGGUGGAAUCUACAUCACACCUAGUUCUAGUUGCUUCUCCACAUAUUCGCUGCCUUCAUGCAUCGAUGAAGCAUGGUACAACUGACCUGGUCAUCAGCAUUUUAUGGCCUUUGCUGUUGUUGGCAGUCAUUGUAUAUAUUUUAGAUGGAUAACAAUUAACUAAAACUCUAUGUGACCGUUGCUCCA